CCUGUUCGCUCACAGUGUUGUGUAAUAAUUCAUAAAGUUUAUGAAGUAAUUACUGUGAUUUGAGAUACUGAGAUUCAGGAAGACAGUGUCACAGAAUAAUACAGCACCUACUGUACUGUACUGUACUGUCUACUCUACAACAGCACUGGGUCACGUGUGUAAGGAGGAGACCCUGUUUUGCAACAGAAGUGUAGUACCACCAAGACCAUUAAAACUACAGUGUGUUUUACUGACCUAGAUAAAGUAAGUGGGGAGGAGUGCAGCUUCUGCUGCAAGCACCUGACCUAGAGUAACCUGAGUUCGAGCUACCCCGCCCUGGGAGAAAAAGGCAGUGCAACAAGUGUCUUCACUUUGUUUGGGAUUAUGAUUGGGUAAAAAUAUAAUACAGUAAUGGUAAAAAACACCCUAAAAGGUCAAGAUGAUGAUCUUAUGUCCGGGGAGCUGAAUCCCACCCCGUGAGCAACAGGUACAUAAGGUGUUGUGGUGACCAAAAAUUCUCAGUCUGUCCUGUCUUCUGUCACUUUCCUGUGGAAUAAAUGCGUGGUUCAACCCUGGAUCUUACUGCUCUGGACUUACUUGCAACCUGGCCUUCUGAACUUAAACAAAUUUUGUGAUCUUGCUGUUUAUUUUCCACACUUUGGGAAUUUACUAAUUUUUUGGAGCCUUACCUUAUUACUGUGGAUUAUUUUAGCUUUGCACCUCUUUUCACCUCUGGGAAUUUAUUAAUUUUCUGGAACCGUACUACAGUGGCUUUAGUUCAUUUUUCCACCUUUUGGAAUUCAUAAUUUAAUCUCUGGAAUUUAUAUAUUUUUAAUUUUAUCAUCUUAACUUAAAGAUAAUUUACACCUAUUGGAUUUAUAAAAGCUCAGUCAGAUUGGAAUACAGGACGUGGUUUUCCAGCACAGCGUCCGCGGCAGGUCUUUUAGUAGCAGCUCAGCGGGGAUCACGUGUCUCUCCUUGGGGAGGACUGCAGCGCUGUGCAGGUGCUUCACGGUGUAAACGGCGUGCACUCCGAUGCACAUUGUCGCUUUUAGCAGCGUUUGUAUUGCACCACACUUAGAAAAAUUAUAUACAAGUAGUGUACAGAUUUAUGUACACUAAUAUAAAUAACAAAAUCAAGAGAAGAAUAGGCUCAAAUGAGCAAAGAAAGUAGUAAACAGAAGGAAGAGGACAGGAGCUGUGAAGCAGCACCAGAAGUAAAAUAUAAACCAUCAUGUCUUAAUUGUGAUUACAUUUUUUUCUUAACUAAUCUUUGUUGUGGGACAAGAUUUAAGAAUAAAAUCACUGAUAUGUUAAACACAAAUAAAACCACCAAGCUAAGGAAGAGACUUCUUGAGGCCACAGUCCAGGCAGCAAAGAGAUAAUAGCCUUUGAGUUUAUGGGAGGCUAGAGAAAUAGGGUCUAAGGUUCUUUCAUAGGGUCAAAGGGUUCUGAGAAGGUCACAUAAAUAUCAACCUGUUCAGACUUACAAUAUACUGUAAAUGACAAUGAUGACGUCAGAAUAUGGAUGGAGGCCGGAGCGAAAGAGAGAGAGAGAGAGAGAAAGAGAGAGAGAGAGACCGGAACUAAUGAGAAGCAGGAGGAAAGUGAGACGACUCAGAGAGACACAGAUAAAUGAGCUACAUGAGCAAAACUCUGCCCAGGAAGCUGAGUGAGUCCUCAGCAGCUUCUCUCCUCUUGUGAUGGAGACCCUGGAGGAUGCUAAACUUUGCUUUCCACAUCUCCUUAACGCCUCCUGCAGGAAACAUGCUCGUCCUCACUCUGAGGCAAUGCUCAUUUAUGUUCUAGUUUCCUGCAUGUCUCUGCUCACUGCGAGUCUCAACCUGCUGGUCAUCGUCUCCAUCUCCCACUUCAGGCAGCUACAAACUCCCACCAACCUCCUCCUCCUCUCUCUGGCUGUCUCUGAUUUCCUUGUUGGUCUAAUCGUGAUGCCGUUUCAGAUCCUCUUCCUAGAACCUUGCUGGUUUCUAGGUGACUUGGUGUGCACUUUUUAUUUUUUUGUACCAUGUAUCACUAUUUAUUCUUCAGUGACAAACAUGGUGUUGAUCUCAGUCGACCGUUAUGUGGCCAUCUGUCACCCUCUGAGCUACGCCAGCAAAUUUUCUCAAAAAACAGUUAAACUCUGUGUCCUCUUGUGUUGGCUUUAUUGUCUUAUGUACAGUUUCCUUAUUCUGUAUGAUAACCUGAAGCAACCAGGCAGGUCUAACUCCUGCUAUGGUGAAUGUGUGAUUAUUGUAAAUGGAGCAGCUGAUCUUGUUUUAAGCUUCAUCGUCCCCAUCUCAGCCAUCAUCAUCCUGUAUGUGAGGGUGUUUGUGGUGGCUGUGUCUCAGGCUCGUUCCAUGCGCUCCCACGUUGCAGCUGUUAAACUGCAGCGUUCACUGACUGUGACGGUCAGGAAAUCAGAGAUUAAGGCAGCAAAGACUCUCGGUGUGACGAUUGUUGUGUUUCUCCUGUGUUUUAUUCCUUAUUACUGUGUGUCUCUCUCUGGAUACAACCUCACAAUCAAUGCUUCAACUAAUGACUUUUUACUUUUUGUAGUUUUAUCAAACUCUUGUCUGAACCCUGUGAUUUAUUCUUUUCUCUACCCCUGGUUUAGAAAAUCUGUUAAACUCAUUCUUACUUUACAGAUACUGCAGCCCAAAUCCAGUGAGGCCUGUGUAAAGUAGAAGGACUGGAUCUGUAAAUAUUAAACUUUGACUAUGCAAAAUGUCACUCUGUUAAUCACAAAACACUGACUACAGUAACUGAAACAUGUAAACUAUACACCUCUUCAUAUAUGGAAUAUGGAUUCAUCACAGCAUCAAUUGUCUUGUCUCUUUAGUGAACAGUAAACAUGUUUUUUAUUUACUUAUACAUAGUUUCCUGUUGAUCAUAAAUGUUUGUGUUUGAGUGUUUACAUAAACAACUAUAAAUUAAUUGUGCUUGAACUAAAUUUUCCCCUAUUUAAGAAUAAACACAAAUAAAAUUGCUCUUUUUUGACCGCUAGCCUGAUCGUUCUUCCUCCACACUUACCCCUCUUUUGCUUUCUUUCACAUCGUCCAUGGUGCUUCAACUGUGGGUCCAAGGGCAGCAGGGGCCAGCAGAGGAGCAGUGAAUUUGAGUUGUCCUUACUUCUGAGCUUUUCAUCAAGUCUGGAGUCUAUUUCCACUUUGGCAAUUUUGUUUGUGUAAAGGUUGGCUGUAAUUGAAUGUGCACUUUAGAUGUGACCAAGACAUUCAAAAAUUAAAAAACAGUUUCAGGAGAGGGAGAAGCUGCAGCAUGUGUCUUAGCCGCCAUCUUGAAGCACUAUGGAUUUAAUGUCAGCUUCAGGUUCUACUUGUCACUAUCUACCAUCAAAGAAGACGAAUUGAAUCUGUAAGUCUCUUGAAGCGGGUCAGAGCAAAUUAAAUUUAACUCUAAAAUUAAACUCUUUAAUCAAAAAAACUGAGACUGUUUGAAUGACAUCGGUGUUAACUGUUUUGCUUUAACUGCUUAUUUUUAUUUGAAUAUUUAUUGUGUGUUGAUAUUUAUUUAAUUGUUGACGUGGACCCAGAACACAGUUUGUGUUCUGCCCAGACAUUGCUGGUGCACAAGUGAGAAGCAUGUGGAGAGAAGUGAAAGUGUACUGUAAGCAGGACAAGAAAGUAAAAAAAGAUCGUUUUUGAUGAUGCAUAACCAUUCCCUUGCAGCCAGCAAGGUGUGUUUAUUUUGCAUCUGUUCUAUGUCGUGUAUUUAUUUAUAAUUCUAUUUGUUUUUUUCAAAAUGUAAUGUUUUUACCGUAUGUCAUAGUUCGAUGGUGGAUUUUGUUCGAUACAUAAGGAGCAACAACUGCU